AUGUCGCACAAAAAUUAUGGUCCAUGUCUAGUAUGUGGUGAUAUCUCAGUGGGCAUUAAUUUUGGCGUACCAACAUGUAUGCUAUGUAAAGCUUUUUUUCGACGAAACGCAGUUAAACUUGGUACUCGUGAAUUUAUAUGCCGACAAGAUGGUGACUGUAUUAUAACAUAUACAUAUCGUCGUUCAUGUAAUUGUUGUCGUUUGGCAAAAUGUUUUCGUGUUGGAAUGAAAAAAUCAUUAAUUCUUUCUGAUGAGAAACGCGAAGCUCGAAAUAAACUUGUAGCAAUAAAUCGUCUAAAACAUGGUCAAAUACCUAAACCACAAUGGCUCAUAGGGGUGUGUAUUCAAUGCAAUCACCACGCAUCAUUACUUCGUAUGCCGUCAAGUUCAAUCGAAUGUCUUUCUUCAUUUGAUCAAGCUCUUGUUACUAAUGUGUUCAAUGCAUAUGAAAAUACUUGUAUGACAGGAAGAAACACUCGAUUUCAAUCUUAUCCUGUUAUUGAACAUAAAUCUAUACAUGGAUUCAUCAAUGAAAUCUCAAAUGUAUUUCAAACUUUUGUUCAUUAUUUAAAACUAAUACCUGGAUUUGAUAAUCUGAUAAUAAAUGAUAAAACACGAUUAAUGAGAAAUCAUUUUGGAACUAUACUCAAUAUUAAUGAACCUUAUAUGUAUUCUGUAACACCUUCUAAUCUUAUUUUAACAUAUACAAAUGUAUUUGGUCAUAACAUAACGAAACGUCUUAUGAAACGUAAUCAAAUUAUAGAACAAUUUAUUUAUGAUCCAACUAUAAUAAGAAUUGUUCUCAUUAUUCUUGUACUAUCCAGUAGCAAUCAUAGAAAUAUUAAUCAUAUUGAUAUGAACCUAAUAUGCGAUGAUUCAUUAUCUAUAUUCGAAGCUCAAAAUAUUUAUGUUGAAUUAUUAUGGAAAUAUAUUUUAUCACGUGUAGCAUAUGAACAAGAUGUAGCGAAAUUUUUUAAUAGAUUAAUGAUGUGCAUAUUAUAUGUACAAAACGUUGACAUGUGUAUAGAUAGUUAUAUUAGUAAUUUUAGAAACGAAAUAAGACAAAUGGAACCAAUGAUGCAAAAUAUGUGGUUAAAAACAGAUGAUGAAGAAGAUAAUAAUGAUGCGAGCAGCAUUUAA